CACCGGCGAGUCCUGUGCGACAAUCCAACAUGUCGGCUACGCCUGUGUUCCCCAUGUGUGUGCGAGCGAGUCGGGGCCUCCUCCGGCUCAGGAGUGGGGCCUCUUCCAUGUCUGUGGGGGACAUUGUCCGGACUCUCUCCACUGACAACCCGCCGGCAGGAACGAGCGGUGCGACGGGCGGACUGGCUCAGGCUAUCCUCCAGCAGAGACUCCAGCAGCAGAGCAAGAGUCAGGGGCAGCCUCCUCCUGAAGAAGGGGAGGGCGAGAAGAAGGGAGAGCACACGGAGGACAAGAAGCAGAAGGAGAACACUGCCUAUGCUAAGAAGAUGGUGCUUCGGCUGGCGGGACUCUUUGGGGUCGGCGGGGCGGUCGGCAUGGUCUACCUAUUCGGCACCAAUUCAGUGGACGAGCAAGGAAACAUGAUUCCAGAUGAGUUUGACAGAGAGCCUCCGGUUGUCCAACAGUUGAAAAGAACCUUCAAGUACUUCCAGGACUACAGACAGAUGAUCAUCGAGCCGACGAGCCCAAAGCUGCUGCCGGACCCUCUCAAGGAGCCGUACUACCAGCCUCCCUACACGCUGGUGCUGGAGCUCACAGACGUCCUGCUGCACCCGGAGUGGUCGUUGUCGACGGGUUGGCGGUUUAAGAAGCGUCCAGGCAUCGACUACCUGUUCCAGCAGCUCGCACCGCUCUACGAGAUUGUCAUCUUCACUGCAGAGACCGGCAUGACGGCGUAUCCUCUGAUCGACAGCAUCGAUCCUCAGGGUUUCGUUAUGUAUCGUCUCUUCAGAGAUGCAACACACUAUAUGGAGGGCCAUCAUGUCAAGGACGUGUCUUGUCUGAACCGGGACACCAGCAAGGUGAUCGUGGUGGACUGCAAGAGGGAGGCGUUCAGCUUGCAGCCCUUCAACGGCAUGGCGCUGAAGAAGUGGGACGGCAACUCGGAGGAUCGGGCGCUCUAUGACCUCGCCAACUUCCUCAAGACUAUUGCUCUGAGCGGAGUGGAUGACGUGCGUUCUGUGUUGGAGAACUACGCUAAGGAGGAGGACCCCAUCGAGGCCUUCAAACGCAGACAGGCUCAGUUGGCACAGGAGGAGGAGCAGCGUCUGGCCGAGCUCUCCCAGCAGAAGAAACAGGGACUCUCCCUCGGCUCCAUCGCGUCGCGGUUCUGGCGCUCCAAGCAGCAGUGAGCCCCGCCCCCCUCUCACACUUCCACCAAUUGCAGCCCAGCUCGCCAUCUGCGUUGAGGGAAGGGGCCAGAAGAUAAAGGGGGAGGGGAGAGGGGAUACCUAUCCACCGAGCGCCCCUACAGCCAAUCACGUCUCAUUCUGCGGUGUUUGAACAUUGGCCGUCCUCUGCACCAAUGAGAGAGGCACUUCCUGUUCUCACGGAGGCUGGGCGUUGGCGGCCCCCUCCCUUUGGUCAUCUUGAUGUGAAGUGAUGCAUAUCAAGCUGCUGAUUGGUUAAAAGAGGAAGAGAAGAGGAUCCAGGUCAGGAUAAACUCUUGUUGUUGGCGCCUUGGGAGUUGAUCUGAGACUAGCGCUGCUAUCACCACUCCAGCUCUGGUUAGCCCCGCCGCCCACAGGAUCUGACCUGAGAUCAGCAGAGCUCUGCACCACACCACUUCAUCAGAUUGUCUAUUUAAUUUUAUUUUCUAUUCCUCCGUGUGUCAGAUUGUGCUGACAGGCUGAAAAUGUUAAAAUAAUGAUAAUAAUGUUUAUAAGAAAUAAAGAUAAACAGUAAGUAGUGCUCUUUAUAGUUUAUUCAAUUCUAUUCAAUAUGUAAGACUGGCUGGCUGGUGGUGGCAUGCACAGGAACGUGCUUUCAUUCCUUAUCGAUGACAAAUUCUAUAAAAGAAGAUCAAUGCGGUCUGACUUCCUGUCUCUCAGACGCCACUGGUUCCCGCUGGUGACACAAAUGUACAGCGUCACCAGCAAUUAACAGCCGGCCAUGUUUUUAAAUUAAGCAAACCGGAGGAAAAAGUGUGUUUGUUUGUCAGUGGCAGAUCAAUCCACAUGUGGUAUUCUGAGUAUUUUUGACAGCAGGACGGUGUGUGAGUGUGUGGGAUUGAGUCUAAAUAAACUACAGUGUGUUAAUGUGUGUGUUCAUCUUUAAGCAACAUUAUGUCAGCUCAUCCAGAAGCACUCUAUAAAGUUGAGCAAACUUCCAACAUCUCUUCUCCCUGAUGGCCGAGGAGGCCUCUGCAGGUGGAUGCCUCCGUCCUCGAGGAGAGGGUCCGUGCGCCGCUGCUGCUCCUCUGAAUGUGCUUGUUGAACGAGUGUGUCGAUGUGAGCUCCUCAAUAAAGGAAACCAACCACGCUCAUUUAAUGCCUUUGAACACUGUGUACAAAACACUGUGCCACACAUUAUUUUGUUCUAGCAAAGUGUAAAAAAUCCGGAUUGACUCGCAGUUAAACUUCAUUUGUUUCUUGCUGUUUUCCUUCAUUAUUUACGAUUUGUUCGCUCAUUAAAAAACAUAUUUCCA